UGAGGAGGAGGAGGAGGGAGGGGGGCGGGAGAGAUUAGUUUGGGAAGUAGCACGGAUUGCUCAUCCGAUCCGUGCAGCCGCAGGGAGUGUGUCAAGUUACAGAGGCGCCGGAAUCGGCCCCAGCGCUCCUCGCCAGCCGCCACUACCCACCUCUGCCCAUGGGGCCCUCCAUGUGCGCCCCUUCGCCCGGAGACUGAAACUGGCUGGCCCGGGAGACACGAGGCGCCCAGGAGGACUGACAGCGCGGCACCAACUGCUCUGCAGACUCUUGAAGGGAAAGACUGGGCGGAGAGAAGGAGAGCCGGUCAGAUUCCCCUAACUUUCCUGGACUUGGAACGUUCUUCGAAAUAACUUUUUUUCUCACCUAGGUGUACCCCAGUUACCGCUGGUUGUGCUUUUUCGGCCCUUCCCGUCCUACUGCUAAUUUUUCCGUCCUCUUUGCCGGGAGCAACGGAAAGGGACGUUUUCCAGCGAUACAAGCCCUUUCCCCCUUGCCCCGCAGUUUGGAUACAGCCUUUUGGCAGCAGCUGCGCCUUUAUUUAUUCUAUUUAUUUAUUUAUUGGUUCUCAAGACGUGAGAGGAUGGUAGCGGAGAGCACCCACAAAGCGGCAGCCACCGGUGCCUGCGGCCCUAGGGAGUUGGGCGCGCCCGGGACGGUGGCUCUGGCGGCGGCGCGGGCGGAGCGCGGCGCACGGUUGCCGAGUCCAGGGUCGUGCGGGCUGCUGGCGCUGGCCCUCUGCUCGCUGGCACUCAGCCUGCUCGCCCACUUUCGGACGGCGGAGCUGCAGGCCCGGGUGCUGCGCCUGGAAGCGGAGCGCGGGGAGCAGCAAAUGGAGACGGCUAUUUUGGGACGAGUCAACCAACUGCUGGACGAGAAAUGGAAGCUCCACUCAAGGAGGCGCCGGGAGGCCCCAAAGACAUCUCCAGGAUGUAACUGCCCGCCAGGACCUCCUGGUCCCACUGGAAGACCCGGACUCCCAGGGGACAAAGGUGCCAUUGGGAUGCCUGGACGUGUGGGAGUAAAGGGCCAACCAGGCGAGAAGGGGUCCCCCGGAGAUGCUGGGCUGUCCAUCAUCGGCCCCCGCGGCCCCCCUGGUCAACCAGGCACUCGAGGUUUUCCUGGAUUUCCGGGUCCCAUUGGGCUGGAUGGCAAACCGGGCCACCCAGGACCAAAGGGCGACAUGGGUCUGACGGGUCCCCCAGGACAGCCGGGACCUCAGGGACAAAAAGGAGAAAAGGGUCAGUGUGGAGAGUACCCACACCGGCUGCUGCCUCUCCUCAAUUCAGUGCGACUGGCUCCACCCCCGGUCAUAAAAAGGCGGACGUUCCAGGGUGAACAGAGCCAAGCCAGCAUCCAAGGUCCACCAGGGCCCCCAGGCCCCCCUGGACCAAGUGGACCUCUGGGGCACCCAGGACUGCCAGGGCCCAUGGGGCCACCCGGCUUACCUGGGCCUCCUGGACCAAAGGGAGACCCAGGGAUCCAGGGCUACCACGGCCGGAAGGGAGAACGGGGCAUGCCAGGGAUGCCCGGCAAGCAUGGAGCCAAGGGCACUCCUGGAAUUGCCGUGGCUGGAAUGAAGGGUGAGCCAGGGAUCCCAGGAACCAAGGGUGAGAAGGGGGCUGAAGGCUCCCCUGGGCUUCCUGGCCUCCUGGGGCAGAAGGGAGAGAAAGGCGAUGCUGGCAACUCCAUUGGAGGAGGCAGAGGGGAACCUGGCCCUCCAGGGCUCCCUGGACCCCCAGGGCCAAAGGGAGAAGCGGGUGUCGAUGGCCAGGUCGGCCCCCCAGGGCGGCAAGGAGACAAGGGGGAGCCUGGAGCAGCUGGAGAACAGGGACCAGCUGGCCCCAAGGGCUCCAAGGGAGAACCAGGGAAAGGAGAGAUGGUGGAUUACAAUGGAAACAUCAAUGAGGCUCUCCAGGAGAUCCGGACACUGGCCUUGAUGGGGCCUCCUGGUCUUCCUGGGCAAAUUGGCCCACCUGGAGCUCCAGGGAUUCCAGGCCAGAAGGGGGAGAUUGGACUGCCAGGCCCUCCAGGACACGAUGGGGAGAAGGGACCUCGCGGUAAACCAGGAGACAUGGGCCCUCCUGGUCCCCAAGGCCCCCCAGGAAAGGAUGGACCUCCAGGAAUGAAAGGAGAAAACGGGCACCCAGGGAGCCCAGGAGAAAAGGGAGAGAAAGGGGAGACAGGACAAGCAGGCUCGCCGGGAGAGAAAGGAGAAGCCGGGGAGAAGGGCGAUCCAGGAGCAGAGGUUCCUGGGCCGUCGGGGCCAGAGGGGCCUCCCGGACCUCCGGGGCUCCAAGGUGUUCCUGGACCAAAGGGGGAAGCAGGACUAGAUGGAGCAAAAGGAGAGAAAGGCAUCCAGGGAGAAAAAGGAGACCGUGGUCCCCUGGGACUACCCGGAGCUUCAGGUUUGGACGGCAGGCCUGGGCCACCGGGUACUCCAGGACCAAUUGGAGUUCCAGGCCCAGCAGGACCAAAGGGCGAGAGGGGCAGCAAAGGAGACCCUGGGAUGACAGGACCAACGGGAGCAGCUGGGCUUCCUGGUUUACAUGGACCACCUGGGGACAAGGGAAACCGGGGACACCGAGGUUUUAAAGGAGAGAAAGGGGAGCCGGGGUUACCAGGGCUGGACGGACUGGAUGCCCCAUGCCCAUUGGGCGAAGACGGCUUGCCAGUCCAAGGCUGCUGGAACAAGUGAUGCCUCUAACCUUGGAUUGGCCUGUGUGUGUGUUUGUACAUAGAAUAUUUAUUUUUAUACAGUUUUCACUUUUUGAAAAUGCCAGAAGGAUGAUGCAUCUUACAGAUUAUUAAAAAAGAAAGAAAAACCUGCAUAUUUUGUACAGAAAAUAUCAACCUCUUCCCUUUUCCCUUUUGUUUACAAGAUGUUUUGUAUAAACCUGUGUCUCUAAUACACUUUUUGUUUGUGAGUAUGGUCGUAAUGUCUGCAUGAUAUUUGUGCACACUUAUUAAGUAUUGAAGCUUAAUAAAUUAUUGUGUCCUGGUGCCAAAGGGGGCCAGCCAGAACUGAGGUGCUGGCUAGCUCAUGUGUGAAUUCACAUAAAUGUAGAGGUCCAUGAUAUUUGCUAAGCUAGGUGUGUCGAAGAGUAUUUUAAACCCUUAUGCAUUUUCAUUAUUAAAAAAAAAUGAAACAUGGCAA